AUGAAACUAGGCCCGGAGUUGCUCCAUGAAGGAGUUUCCAUACGGAGAAACGGAGCCCGGAAUCACGAAGACUAUCGAUUUUCUCAAUUGUCAUCGUCAGCAUUACGAGAACCAACAAAGACGCUGCCUGGGAAUGAGACAUUCCGUCCAGAGAAGGAUCCUCAAAACUCUGUAAGACUGCUUUCGUUGCAAUACGACAUCACCGUUGUUCUGUUUUGCAAGAGUGAAGAGAUGGCCCCCUUGAUCCUUCAGGAGAGCCACGUUCUGCUUUCAUUGCAUCCGCCCUGA